AUGGAGAACCGCCGCUUGAGUCAAGAGUCGGGGAACGCAGAAAGGAAGGGUGUGAAGCAGGGAGAAGAGGAGAAGAAGAGAAGAGAAGAGGAGGCGGCGAAGUGGUUCCAGAAGGGUCGGCCAGUUUGGGGGGAGCAGAAGUCCGGGGGAAACGAUAAGGGCGUGUCGCAUGUCUCGUAA